AUGGCCUCCCUCCUCUCCAGGCGCGCCUCGCAUAUCCUCCUCAUCCUACUCGGUCUCUUCCUCGCAGGUACCAUCGUCGUCCUCACCACCGCCAAUGCCUACUUUUCCAUCGACACCUCUGCAUACGUCUUGCCAGAAGAGCUAGGCACCUGGGAGGAGAUCCAAUCAGGCGCAUCGCCAGAUGGCCCAGAUGGCUUCCUCGCGCGCUUCCCGUGGCUCCACAAGGUCACUCACUCAGCUGCUUCCAAGUCGAUGGCCAACGCAUCCCAUCCAGCUUCCAAUAUCGACCCCAACGAUAUGGUCGCACGGCCACAGCCAUGGCGCGACAACACCCCCAAGAAGUGGGACCCCAGCAACCCGACCGAGAAGAUCCCACGCAUCAUUCACCAAACAUGGAAGGACGCACAUCUGCCAGCAAGGUGGCAGGCCAUCCGCGACGAGUGCGCCGCCAUGCAUCCAGACUACGAGUACAUGCUCUGGACUGACGACGACUCGCGCAAGUUCAUCGCAGAACACUACGACUGGUUCUUGCCCGUCUUUGACGGGUAUCCUUACCCCAUCCAGCGUGCCGAUGCCAUCCGAUACUUUGUCUUGCACCACUACGGCGGCAUCUACAUGGACCUAGACAUUGGUUGUCUUCGUCGCUUCGACCCAUUGCUGCGCUUCGAGGUGAUCCUGCCCAAGACCAUUCCCGUCGGUGUCUCUAACGACGUGAUGCUCUCAGCCAAGGGCCACCCCUUCAUGGACCAGCUCAUCCACAACCUCGUCAACUUCAACCACCAGUACUUGACCAACUAUCCCACCGUCAUGUUCUCCACCGGUCCUAUGUUCGUUUCAGCAUCGUAUGGUCUCUACGUCGACGUGCACGGUCCUGCCUUCCCAAGCACACCCAAGCAGCCAGAAGCAGGCUUCAAAGGCAUCCGUGUCCUUCCCAAGAGCCUCUACGGCAAGAACGUCAAGCCCAUUGAUGCGCCCGACGCCUUCUUCUCCCACUUCUACGGCUCGAGUUGGCACGCAAAUGACGCAGGCUUCCUCAUCUUCUUGAGGAAAUAUGGCAGGCUCUUGAUCUUUGUUGGCGUCUGCGUGGUUCUGUAUGGGUUGUUCAGGACUCUGCUCCCCACGUUCCUGUUCAAGUUCGGUGGUUACCGAGGUGGAUUCGGACGCGGUUCGACGCGCGCGCAGCGCCAGACAGGGCGAUGGAUCAGUCUGCCCAUUGGCACAUCGUCCAUCUCCAGGCGGCGAUCCAAACGACGUUCCGGUUCAACCGCGGAUGAAGACGCUAGCGUCCCGCUCAACUCGAUGGGACGUCACGAGACCAUCGGCAGCACCUCGGCUGCCAACCCGAGCAGGCUAUCGAUGCCCGCGCCGCGACCGACACGGCUCAGCCUGCCGCUGUUUCAACUGCAAGAUUCCGAGCCGAUGAGCAGCGAUCCUGCGCCGCAGUCGGUGUUGGCGUGGAUGGGGCAGACGCUUUCGCGUCCUUCAUCACGCAGCGAUGCGAUUAGCGAGAUGGAGGCCAACGGGCGCACCGAGAGUCCGAGCAAGAAGAAAGGCGUUCUCUACCUCCCGGCCUACUUUGUGCGAGGGGACGACGGGAGUAGUUCUUCAUCGCAACAGCUGAGUCCGUCGAGCAGUGCCUCGUCGCAGCAACUCCAGGGGACCGGGUUGAGCCCGCUGUCGCAUACGAGCUUCGCCGCUGCAUCGGGUCUGAGCCUGGGCCAGUGGGCGUCCUCCCUCCUGCCGGCCAAUUGGAGAGGUCCGAGUCCCGCACCAAGUCACGGUUCCAGACGCUCGCGGUUGAGUCAGGAUCACGAUCUGGAAUCGCUCGGUUCCCAACAGGAUGAGGAGGAGGACGAGGCGGGCUGGGAUGCCGGGAGGAAGGACGCGGAACAUCAACCCUUGAUGGCCGACGGGAGGAGCAAGCUGAGGUCGGCUUGGGAGGCUCAACAAGCUGCUCCGCCGCCGUACGAGGAUGGUAGUGGACAAGGGUCGGGCGAGAAGUCGCAGGCAUAG